AUGGAUUCUUCUUCUUCAUAUGGUGUUUCUCAUGUCAGCCAUAUCUCCAACCCUUGUAUCUUCGGUGCGUUUUCUUUUCUUUUCAACAUUUCUAAUACGAGGGGGGGAGCUGGAUCUUCAUCUUCACCAGAGAAGAAAUGGAACUUGAUGAAAUGGGUGAGUAAGCUUUUCAAGAGUGGCUCUAAUGGUGGUGGUCGCACUAAUCAUCCUCCUCCUCAGUUUCAAGAGGACGAGAAUAUGGUCUUUCCUCUACCUCCUUCCUCUUCGGACGAUCGAUCGAGACCUGCUCGGGACAAAGAAGAACUCGAUCGUGCAAUGUCACUCUCUCUAGGUGACGAUACCAAGCGCCCAUAUGCAGGAUAUGGUUGGUCUAUGGAUAGCAAUUCAGAUUAUCCAAGGCCUUUACACGGUGGAUUGAAUCCAUCUUUCCUUCCAACUUAUGAACCUUCCUAUCAAUUCAGACGACCGCAAAGAAUAUGUGGCGGCUGCAAUAGCGAUAUUGGAUUGGGAAACUAUCUAGGAUGCAUGGGAACAUUCUUUCAUCCUGACUGUUUCUGUUGCGAUUCAUGUCAUUACCCUAUCACUGAGCAUGAGUUCUCUCUAUCAGGAACCAAACCAUAUCAUAAGAUUUGUUUUAAAGAGCUUACUCAUCCUAAAUGCGAAGUUUGUCACCAUUUUAUCCCAACUAAUGAUGCUGGCUUGAUCGAGUAUCGGUGUCAUCCAUUUUGGAACCAAAAGUAUUGUCCGUCUCACGAAUACGAUAGAACCGCUCGUUGUUGUAGCUGCGAACGUUUAGAGUCAUGGAAUGUGAGAUAUUACACGUUAGAAGAUGGGAGAAGUUUAUGUUUAGAAUGUAUGGAAACUGCGAUAACCGACACUGGAGAUUGUCAACCACUUUACCAUGCGAUACGAGACUAUUACGAAGGAAUGUACAUGAAACUUGAACAACAAAUCCCCAUGCUUCUUGUUCAACGAGAAGCUCUCAACGAUGCUAUCGUCGGAGAGAAACACGGAUACCAUCACAUGCCUGAGACAAGAGGUUUAUGUUUGUCUGAAGAACAAACAGUCACAAGUGUUCUUAAAAGACCGAGACUUGGUGCUCACCGUCUUGUUGGUAUGAGAACUCAGCCUCAAAAGCUUAUACGCAAAUGUGAAGUCACUGCGAUUCUCGUUCUUUACGGCCUCCCUAGAUUAUUAACCGGAGCAAUUCUUGCCCACGAGCUGAUGCAUGGAUGGCUUCGGCUCAAAGGGUAUAGAAACCUUAACCAUGAGGUAGAGGAAGGUAUCUGCCAAGUCCUCUCAUACAUGUGGCUUGAAUCUGAAGUUCUUUCAGAUACUUCUUCUAGAAACAUGCCCUCAACAUCAGCUGCAACGUCGUCGUCGUCAUCAUCAUCAUCAUCUAACAAGAAAGGAGGGAAAUCAAAUGUGGAGAAGAAGCUUGGAGAGUUCUUUAAGCAUCAGAUAGCUCACGACGCGUCUCCUGCUUACGGAGGAGGUUUCAGAGCAGCAAAUGCAGCGGUUUGUAAGUACGGUCUACCUCGUACACUUGAUCAUAUCCGCUUUACUGGAACUUUUCCUUUGUGA